AUGGCGUCAAUGGCAACCAUCCUCCGUCGAAAGCUCCAGAACAACAGAUAUUUCCUUAUCCAAACACGACUCUUCUCCGUCGAAUAUUCCUCUCACGACACCAAAACGACAUCGCGCAUAGAGAAAAUCCUGAUUGCAAACCGAGGCGAAAUCGCUUGCAGGAUCAUGCGGACUGCGAAGCGCCUAGGGAUCAGAACCGUCGCGGUUUAUAGUGACGCCGAUAGAGACUCGCUUCACAUGAAAUCAGCUGACGAGGCGGUCCAUAUUGGUCCUCCUCCGGCUCGGCUGAGUUAUUUGAAUGCCUCCGCAAUUGUUGAAGCUGCGAUUCGUACUGGUGCUCAGGCUAUCCACCCGGGUUAUGGUUUCUUAUCUGAGAGUUCUGAUUUCGCUACACUAUGUGAAGAUAAAGGUCUGACUUUUAUUGGACCACCAGCAUCAGCGAUCCGGGACAUGGGUGAUAAAAGUGCAUCAAAGAGGAUAAUGGGUGCCGCAGGGGUGCCGCUUGUCCCAGGAUAUCAUGGCAGUGAACAAGAUAUUGAAAUUAUGAAGUCAGAAGCAGAUACGAUUGGAUACCCUAUUUUAAUAAAACCGACGCAUGGAGCACAACGCGAAGCAGCUGCUUCAUUUGGUAUAAAUACAAUCCUGCUAGAGAAAUAUAUCACAAAGCCAAGACACAUAGAAGUUCAGAUAUUUGGGGACAAGCAUGGCAAUGUACUACAUUUAUAUGAAAGGGACUGCAGUGUUCAGAGAAGACAUCAGAAGAUAAUUGAAGAAGCUCCAGCUCCAAAUGUCAUGAACGACUUCCGCUCCCACCUGGGUCAGGCUGCUGUAUCUGCAGCCAAGGCAGUUGGUUACCACAAUGCUGGUACUGUGGAGUUUAUAGUUGACACUGUCUCAGGCCAAUUCUAUUUUAUGGAGAUGAACACCCGACUUCAGGUUGAGCAUCCUGUGACUGAGAUGAUUGUUGGCCAAGAUCUCGUAGAGUGGCAAAUAUCUGUUGCAAAUGGAGAACUGCUACCUAUUAAUCAGUCACAGGUGCCUUUAUUGGGUCAUGCCUUUGAAGCCCGAAUAUAUGCUGAAAAUGUUCCGAAAGGGUUUCUUCCUGCAACUGGAGUUCUUCAUCAUUAUCGUCCUGUUCCAGUUUCACCAACAGUUCGGGUUGAGACUGGAGUUGAGCAGGGGGAUACUGUUAGCAUGCACUAUGAUCCAAUGAUUGCAAAGCUUAUUGUCUCAGGAGAAAACCGUGCUGCAGCAUUAGUCAAACUGAAGGAUUGCUUGUCAAAAUUUCAGGUUGCAGGCGUGCCAACUAAUAUCCAUUUUCUCCGAAAACUUGCUGACCAUAGAGCAUUUGGAAAUGGCAAUGUGGAGACCCACUUUAUUGAACAUUAUAAAGAAGACCUCUUUACUGAUCCUAAUAAUUUAAUGCUUGCAAAGGAAACAUAUGAUACUGCUAGAUUCAACGCAAGCCUAGUAGCUGCAUGUCUUUGUGAGAAGGAACGUUCUGCUUUAAAUUCCAGUCCCCCUGGGACCAAUGGGUUGCUCCCCAUAUGGUAUUCUCAUCCCCCUUUUCGAGCCCAUUAUCAAGCUAGUCGUACCGUGGAGCUUGAGUGGGAGAAUGAAUAUGAUGGCAGCUGGUCCAAAUUUUUUACCUUCUCAAUCACUUAUCAGCCAGAUGGGAACUAUCUGAUUGAGACAGGAGAAAUCAAUUCCCCCGGUUUGGAAGUCAAAGCAACACUCCUGCACAACCAAGAUUUUAGAGUUGAAACUGGUGGUGUGAGCAUGGAUGUUAGUUUAUCUUUGUAUUCUAAGGAUAAGAUAAAGCACAUUCAUUUAUGGCAUGGAUCGCAUCAUUCUCACUUCAGACAAAAGUUAGAGUUUGAGUUGUCUGAUGAUAAUGAAAUACAACAGAAGACCAAUUUUGAGACUGCAUCUCACCCUCCAGGAACUGUGGUGUCUCCCAUGGCUGGUUUAGUAGUCAAGGUUCUGGUGAAGGAUGGGUCAAAGGUAGAGGAAGGGCAGCCUAUUUUAGUUCUUGAAGCAAUGAAGAUGGAGCAUGUAGUGACUGCACCAUUUGCCGGACAUGUCCAUGGGCUUCAAGUCACAGCUGGCCAACAGGUUUCUGAUAGGAGCUAUCUCUUCAGUGUCAAGAAACAUCUGUUUGCAAAAUGUUUAGAAGCAUCUGUUCUCAUAUUACAUGACAGUUUGUCCGAUCUACAUGGAGUUUAUAUCACUUUCCAUUACACUUUGCAUUUUCGUGUUGUGCUAAUUAUUUGA